AAGGAAGGCGCGCGGGCCCUGCAGCCACAUCUGUGGCCACGGGAAUUCGAAAUAAACAAAGGCAACUGAACUCGCGUAGUAAACCUCAGCAACUUUCCCCGCAUCGUGGCUCUUGACUUUCUUUCUCUCACACUUCACGACUUGUUCAACACUCUUUGCGCGGCUGGAAGCUCGGCGCGUCCAAUAACUUAUGCUCUCCACUAUCAAAUCUCGAUUUACCUCCGAGCCACAGGCGUCCUCGCUCCCGGCGCUCCUCGCGUCGUGGCCGGCGGAAACAGCGCCACCGCGUUUCCUAGGCAAGCCCAAGAAAGACCUCCCGGUCGACACCUGGCUCGUCAAAGUCGCGGAGGCCUGCGUUGCGAAGGGUAUACCGCAGAAGCUAUGGCACGAAGUCGCCCGGCACUACAUGAGCGACGACGCGCGCAAACGCGUCGAAGAGGUGGAGCAAGUUAUGCGAUGCGCGUUUGGCCACUCGUGGGGCUGGAAGUGGCAUACCUUCGGUGUUGCCCUCAAGAACAUCGCAGGGAACGUUGAUCGUAAGAAGACGGAGGCUGUCAAAGUCCAGCGGAAGUCUACCGGCUCUUGGUGGAUCAUCGGCCGUGGCGGUGACAAAGGCAGCAAGGUCAAGACCAAAGAGCCUCUCCCCGUGCCCGGCUUCAUCGCGAGGAUCACGCAGAAGUCCAGCACCAGCACCCCGACCGUCAGUGCUCCAUCCUCGACGUCCCAGAAGCAGGCCCCGAAACAGACUGGCUCCAAGCUGCUGAAGGCCCAGCCGACCGCGGCAGCGCCGCCCAAGGUGGCAGCGCCCUCCGAGUCUCUCGUCACGCGCUUGGCCACAACCCUGCGCCUCAAGGACCCGCCACCCCCGCCGCCCACCACGCUCACAGCACAAGUCCCAGUGUGGCUGCUCGCCGCCUCGGAGGCCAUCUUCGCACUCACGCCGGACACGACGAGCACCAUGUCCAUUCUCGCCGCGGUCUUGAUCACCGUGGGCUCCAUACCAGCGCUGCCCUCCGUGGCCGCCGGCACCACGGCCACCGCGCUUGGGGCUGUUGCGGUUGGGCUGGGGACGAUGCUGAGGGAGAGGGCUCUGGCCGCGGCGGAUGAUAAGUAGAGAAGUGCUAUGAGGCUUGGGAUAUCAGGUGGAUCGGUCUUUGG